GCCGAUGAUGCUUGGAUCAUCGUGGACGGAGAUGUGUAUGACGUGACGAAGUUCGCAGGCGUUCACCCCGGCGGUACGCAGAUUUUACUGGAAUAUGCCGGGAAGGAUGCAACAGAGGACUUCUAUGCCCUGCACAGGCUUGAGGUGCUGGACAAGUACCAACGCCUGAAGAAGGGUCGUUUGGCAGAUGCUCAGGGACCAGCACCCAAGAAGGCCUCAGAGGUGAUUCAGGAGUUCAGCAAAGUGCCCUUCGCAGAGCCCUCGUAUUUGCAGGGCUUCAAGUCGCCCUACUUCAACGAGACCCACAUCAAGCUGCGCCAGGAGGCAAGGAAGUUCUUCGCUGGCGAAGUUUGGCGAAAGCGACGGGGAAAGGGUGUGGAUUACGAAAGCAUGGAGGAAGCCCUGGAGUGUGAGCAGAAAUCCACUGCACCCAGCAAGGAGAUGCGCAAGCGCAUGGGCGAGCUGGGCUUGAUUGCCAUGGUGCAAGGUCCAGGGCCCCAUCUGAUUCCCCCCAAGGGCCUUUGCGGUGGAGUGGUGAAGCCGGAGGAGUUCACCUAUUUCCACGAGAUGGUCGUGCAGGAGGAGCGUUGCCGCACCAUGUGCCCUGGCUACGAGGAUGGCUUGGACGGCGCCGUCUCCAUCGGCCUGCCGGUGCUGCUGAAGUAUGGAUCUGACUGGAUGAAGCAGGAGGCUGCUCCGCUCCCAGUGAAAAACAGCAUGGAACGCCGUCGUGCCGCCAAUCAUCAUGGGUGCCUCGGCGAUGGCAUGGGUUGCGACGUGACCUGCGUGCUGUCCAUCACCGAAGCCUUCGCGGGCUCCGACGUGGCCGGGCUGCGCACCACUGCAGUGUUGGACUCAACGGGGGAGAAUUACAUUGUGAACGGCACCAAGAAGUGGAUCACUGGUGGUAUGUACGCAGAUUGGUUCGUGACGGCGGUGCGCACCGGUAAGCAGGGCGCUGGUGGCAUCAGCAUGAUGCUGAUUCCCAGGUCUGAUGCCGUUCAGACCAAGAUCAUGAAGAGUAAAUACUCCAGCGCAGCAGGAACCGCCUAUGUGACCUAUGAGAACUGCAUCGUGCCCAAGAAGUAUUUGAUUGGAACUGAGAACAAGGGCUUCCAAAUCAUCAUGUCCAAUUUCAACCACGAGCGCUGGAUGAUCACCGGGGUUUGCAUUGCACGUGCGCGCAUUUGCACCGAGGAGACCUUCAAGUGGGCCAUGCAGCGUAAGGCAGAGGGCACUGGCAGCGGAUCCCUCCCAAGUCCGGAGGUCUUUGGCAAGCCGCUGAUCGAGCAGCCUGUGAUCCGGGAGAAGCUGGCGCAGAUGUUCGCAGGUGUGGAGACGUGCACUCAGAUGCUCUAUGACAUCACCUACAACAUGAUCUCCAUGGGCUCUCAGGGCGCAGACGUUGGAGCUCGCAUUGCUCUCCUGAAGUACCAGUCUACUCGCAUGAAUCACUUGGUCGCUGACAAUGCUGUUCAGGUGCUGGGCGGCCGUGGCGUCACCCAGACUGGCAUGGGACGAGUUGUGGAGGUCUUCUCAAGGAUGUACAAGAUCCCUGCAGUCUAUGGCGGAAGUGAGGAGAUCAUGGCGGAUCUCUCGGUGCGCACGGCCAUCAAGGCCUACCCAAAGAAUGCCCGGCUCUAG